CUACCCCUCCCAUCCCAUCACCCUUCCUGUGGCAAACAACCUAUUUUUGGAAUACUCCACAACUAAUUGUCAUGACAAGAAUUAAUACUCAUUCUCAAAUCUAGGUUUAUUACUGAUUGACACAUCUAAAUACUUACUUGUGAAUCAUUCAGCUUUUCUACGGAGAACAGCUUUCAGGGACUAUAAAAUACCCCUCCAUUUAGGAACAGGAACAACAACAACAACAACAACAACAACAACAACAACAACAACAACAACAACAACAACAACAACAACAACAACAACAACAACAACAACAACAACAAGCGACUUACUGACAAUCCUGACAAAGUUAUUCCUGUCUCUACCCUCUCUUCGCCUCUCUGCCUCUUCUGCCACUCUCUCCGCCAAUCCACUAGUCCAUCAUCCAUAUGGCUUACUUCAAUUCUCAAGCUCUAUGACAAUCACAUAAAGCCACCAGUCAUCAUUGUGCAUAUCCCUAGGCUAUUAUUCGAAUUGCCUAUUGCAGCCACAAAAAUCGAAUUCGAUCGACAACUACUCAUCUUCUAUCAGUAUUCUAUAUCACUCGCAACUCAUUCCUACUUCUACUUCUACUUCUACUUCUACUUCCACUUCCACUUCUACAUCUAACAGAGAGGUCAAAUAAUUCACUUCACAAUGUCUGCCACUCCAUUCAUUCAAUUUCUAGGUCCAACAAACCUUGAAGGAUAUGAUCGCAAACUUCCCGCAUCAGAGCAACCCAGUAAUAUCCCGAAAACAUUCCUAGAUGCUAUGGAAGUUCGAGAAGCUGUCUUCGUUAAGGAGCAGGAUGUACCCCUCGAAAAUGAAUUCGAUUCUGAUGAUACCCGAGCUUGCCACUGGGUCAUUUAUGCUUCAGUGAACGAAAUGACGGAACCAGAGGUUAAAGAUGAUGAUGGAAACAUAUUACGGAGAAAGAGAAGCAGAACUACAUCUCAGCCGAUUGGUACAAUUCGUCUCGUACCAUUUCCUCAUCCACCACAUCCCGAACCUGGCUCAAGUUACCAAGCUGAUGCGCUUGAAACCGCUCCAACAACCGACAGUCCAAAUCCACCACCUUAUAUCGUCGAUCGAGCAACUACAUAUCAUGACGGCAUCGAGCCAUAUAUAAAGUUGGGUAGACUAGCAGUCGUCAAAGAAUGCAGAGGUGCCGGCAUCUCCAAGCUAUUGGCAGGUGCGGCGAUGUCAUGGGCUCAACAAAACCCCUCCUAUUUCAACCCUUCUAUUGCCACAGUUGGAAUGGAAAAUGUAGGAGCGUCGAGUACAGAAGAAAUACCAGUGUGGAGAGGUUUGAUGUGUGUUCAUGCACAAGAACAAGUUGCAUCACUUUGGGCUAAAUGGGGUUUCAAGAUCGAUGAUGGAAUGGGAACGUGGAAUGAGGAAGGAAUCAAACAUGUGGGAAUGUUUCAAAGGGUGAAAACCAUGAAUGAUAUUGCACCUGCAACGAUUUGAAGGGAAGAUUUGAUACACAAGAGAUACCCAAUUGAAAUUUUGAGAAGCAAUGAGAUCAGUGGCUUUGAUGAUAUAUUGAGAUAAUAACUUACAACAUGAAGUAUUUUUAGCCACAUUAUCUCUCGAUUCUCCCUUGAAAGUUUACACUGGUGGAUUAUUUUCUACUACUUUUCUUCAUGUUCU